AUGCACAGCAGCAAGGCAAGUCCACACAAACAAAUAUCACCGCAGAAGAAGUCCACAGGAAAAGAUAUUUCUCUUACUAGUACUACUACUACUACUACUAUGAAUACUACUAUUAGUAGUAUAAAUGAAAGUAAUACCACUAGUAUGAAUAGUAGUAGUAUGAAUAGUAAUAGUGAUAGUGUUGGUGUUCCUCAGGAAACGGCAACUGUGGGAGUCUUCAGUAAAGAAGAUUGUAAAGGUGUGAGUCAGCAUAAAGAAUGGAAUACACUCAACACACAAGAAAUGAUAAUGUUACUACUGCGUGAACUGCACGCACAACGCAUGUUGGCAAAUGCAUAUAAACGAAAAUACAAAAAGACAUUGGAGGCCCUGCGCACUACUACUGCUACUACUACUACUAAUAAUAAUAAUAAUAAUAAUAAUAAUAACAGUAUGAUGACGACAACAGAUACUCCAUUAUCCGAUAAACGGGUAUCGCGAGAGGUUCUUGCAGAGAGUAGUAAUAGAGAAAAUAGAUUCAAUAGUGAUAACAGUUCACCUCCAACAACAAGAGGAGUAUCUACCACAGCUGUGCGUAUGCCUACUAGUCCAUCGAAUAGAAAUACUCCUAAACAACCACACCAACUGCAGAAGAAGAAAGAAGAAAAAGAAAAAGAAAAAGAAGAAUAUAAUGAAAAGGAAAAGAAAUCAUUUCAAUCAUCUAAUCACAAACAUCAUCAUCAUCAUCAUAGUAUACCGCACAGUCUAACAGAAGGGAUGAGUGAUAAAUUUAUAAAAGAGGCUUUAGAGAAUCCAGAGGCAAUAGCCGCUGAACUCACAGAGGCCGUAGAAAGUGAUCAACGCUCGUAUGAACUCCUGAGGAAAUCUAUUGAACAUGCAAAGCUGAAAAUGUGUCAAUUAAACUCUCAUGAUAUUUCUAUUCCUGUUACUACUACUACUACUACUAAUAGUAAUAGUAAUAAUAGUAAUAAUAAUAAUAGUAAUAGUAAUAAUAGUUCUUCUACGGAAUGGAGAGAGCCUUCUAAAGUCUCUUCACCUGUUCUCCCUCCUUCUCCUCAUAAUGUUUGGGGAAGUAAAGGAGACUAUUGUAUUCCAAUCACCGCUGCCGUCGUCCACACAUCCCCACCAACCCAACACAGUUUUGAGAAUAAUAAUAAUAAUAAUAAUAAUAAUAAUAAUAAUAAUAAUACCAGUUUUCAAUCCACACCAGUCAGUAAGAUCUAUGGUUCUUGCCGUUCUCAUCAGGAUGAUGAUGAUGAUGAUGAUAGUCCACAUCGCCAUGGUCGUUAUUCUUUAAAUAUAUCCGCUGAACACUCCAUCUCUUCAUCUCUACAUAAUCCAAGGGAAGAUUCACCGCAAACACCAUCAGAAGACGUUCAUGAAAGAAGAAGAAGUGAUGAAAAGAGAAGAAGAAGUCAUAGUAAUAGUAAUAGUAAUAAUAAUAGUAAUAGUUGUGAUAGUGAUAGUAAUAGUGAUAGUAAUAAUAGUGAUACUAUGAGAAAACGAAUGGUGGCAAAUGAACGACUGCGGCAGUGGCGAUUGGAGGCUUUGCGUGUACGAAGUACAUCCUGUAAGGCACUGUUAUUAAAAGAAGAAAGAAAGAAGAGUGAAACAACAAAGAAUUCAAGUGAUAAAUAA